UUUGCUGUCUUGUUUUUGUUUUGGUCUUUGAUCACUCGGUGUUUAAAAAUGGGAACAAAGCCAACGUUGAAAGUUUGAGAACUAGAAACUGCAGCCCUUAAAGUUUUGAAUGAAGAAGCCCCUGGACAAAAACUGUGAAUGGGUUCUUCUGAUGACAACGCCUUCGUUUCGGAGAGGAAAGGGGAAGGGAUGGGGAGGGGCUGUUCCUUCUCUCCUCUCUCCCACCCCAGUGCCCUAGUUUUGGGCAGGCAAACCGCGGGGCUUGUGACUACACCCCCAGGCCUGAUCCCGCUUUCCUCUGGCCAAAACCAUUGGCAUUUCCUCUGAGCUCACACAAUAAAUGACGCGGCCCCUUUUCCCCUCGGAAGAGGAAGCUUCGGAGCUAAGUAACGGUUGGGGGAGACGGGCUGGACUAAGGAAGCACAACAGCAGGGGCGAAGGGGCGGUGAGUGCGUGUCCCGGGACAGGAGGCCGAAGCAGGCAGGGGGACGGAGGCUGGGUGCGUGUCCUGGGACAGAAGGCAGGCGGGGGAAGGCGGCUGGCCGGGCGCACCCAAAGGGCUGGAGCAGGACCCGGAGGCGGCAGCUGGCUGGGCGCACCCCAGGGGCUGGAGCAGGACCCGGAGGCGGCAGCUGGCUGGGCGCAUCCCAGUGGCUGUGGAGCAGGACCCGGAGGCGGCGGCUGGCUGGGCGCAUCCCAGUGGCUGUGGAGCAGGACCCGGAGGCGGCGGCUGGCUGGGCGCACCCCAGGGGCUGGAGCAGGACGAGGAGGAGGCUGGCUGGCUGUCCCGGGACUGGAGCUGGGAGUGGGGGAAGAGCACUCGGUGGGAGGAGCUGGCACGCCGGGAGCGGCAGGGGUGGUGGGUCUAGGGCAGCCGGCAGGGGGGUGCCUGUCCCGACUCCCGGAGCUGGGGGAGGCUGGUGAGUGGGGUGGCGGGCGCCCCCUGCAUGCAGAGGCCGGGGGGCGCCACCGCAGCCGGUACCAUGGGCUGAGCUCUCGCCGCACCAUGACCGUCUACACCCUGAACCUGCGCGUCUUCUGGCCUCUGGUGACUUGCCUGUGCACGGCCCUCGUGUGCCUCUACCAGGCCGUGCGAAGCAGGGCGGGCGCCCCGGACUCGGACAGCGCCCCGGACUCGGGCUCCGUCCCGCUGCUCAAGGGCUCCGCGCUGCUGCUGCUGGGCUUCCUGCUGCUCCGCUACUGCGCCUCCCGCAGCGGCGGGGGGGAGUGCGGCCAACGGCCCCGAGCCGCAUGCGGCCCCGAGGCGCCGCCGAGCAGCGCCGCCCGCCGGAGCCUGCUAGAGAGCUUCUACGAGCAGCAGCUGCGCCUCUCCCCGCACGUGCUGGGCCACAGUAAGGCGCACGUGAGCCGCAUCGUGGGCGAGCUGGUGCGGGCGGCCAAGGCGCAGGGGCUGCAGCCGGGGUCCCUGACCCCCACCCUGCGCGGGGACUUCGUGCAGAUCGGCAGCGCCUACGAGCAGCACAAGGUCCGCAGCCCGGACUGCUUCGACAUCCUGGUGCCGCUGAGGCUGCCGCCGCGCCUGGAGCUGGAGCCCCGCUGCCUGGGCGCCGAGGAGCCGGGGCUGGCCCCGGAGCUGCGCAGCGCCUUCACCUGCGCCCUGAAGGCCCCGCAAGGGGCCGCCUGGCCCCGGGGCUACCGGCCCUUCAGCGAGGGCUUCUGCGUGGAGCUGCAGGGCAGGCGCUACCUGUCCUCGGCCCUGGUGCUGCGCUGGUUCCAGGGCCACCUGCAGCGGUGCCUGGGCGCCGUGCUCUACCGGCUGCAGGAGCGCUGCCGCAUCAGCCUGGCCGCCUGCCCGGGCCGCCAGCUCACCCUGCACAUCCUGCCGCGCUCCGACUACGUCUGCUGCCACAUCUCCAUGGCCGUGCGCCUCAUCCCCGCCAUCCCCCUGGGGGACUCGGUCUAUCUCAUCGCCCUGCAGCCCGGCGCCAGGAAAGCCCAGCCCGGCACUGCCUGCCCCCUGCAGGCCCUCUGGGGGCUCAACGUCUCCAAGCAGGAGCAGCGGCUGCUGAGCUGGCUCAAGGAGCAGACCCCGGCCAACUCCUGCCACCUCAAGUGCCUGCAGAUCCUCAAGGGGCUGCGGGAUCUGCGCGGCCGGGGCUUGGAGCAGCCCUUCGGCGCCCAGUGGAGCCGCGUCCUCUCCUCCUACAUCCUCAAGACGGCGCUCUUCUCCUUGUUGCUCCGGGGCCCCUGGCAAGCCUGGGAGGAGCAGUUCCUGGCGGAGCGGCUGGAGGACCUGGUGCUGUACCUCAGGGACUGCCUGCAGAAGCGGGUGCUGAUGCAUUUCUUCUUGGGCAACGCCAACGUCCCCGAGGCGGUGCCGGUGCCUAAGCUCCUGAAGGAAGCUGCCCCCGUCAAUCUGCUGGCUGCCUUUGACGCCCCUACUCUAGAUUUGGCCGCCUUCCAGCUUCUGAACACCUGGAACCAGGCUCCUAAGAUCAUCCGAAUGUACAGUAGUCCAAGGUACUUGAGGAAGAGCCCCAUGCUGUGUAAGCACAUCACCGACACCGGACAAGAGUCCCAAAGCAACUGAGCAUCACCUGGGGCGUUUGUCAGUGCCUUUGGGGCAUGCACUGUGAGGCCAAAGUACAUACCUGUGUUAGCUAGUAAACUACCUGAGGUUCCUAAGGGAGAUCUACCUGCCUGACAGCAUCAAAUGGGGUUCUGUGUUUGUUUCCCUAGUCGUGGUAAUCUGGGAAAUCCAAAGGUCAAAAUUUAAGACUAAGAAAUACUGAUGCUUUAAGAUCUUAAUAGCUUUGUAAUGAUGAUUAGUCAUGGAGGAACUAUGAAACUUCCAGGAAAGUGCCUUAAUUAGAAAGCACUACAAUAACCACUUGUAAAUCUAAUUUAGUACCAGAUUUAUAGAGGGGUUCACACUGAUGAAUUUGGAGUGUCAUCUUAAAGUUUAGUCACAAAAGUGACCCUGUCCAGAGCUUUCUUUUAAUGCAAAAGAUAAUCAGGAUCAAAGAUUAAUGGCAUGGGAAAAAGUCAGUGUGACAAGGUACUUUUUUGAGAUGGAGCAGGAGCCAAGGGUGUUUCUUGAUCCUUAAACACAGUUUGAAAUAUUUAUUCAAUGAGACACUCAUCGGUGGUUGUCUGUGUGAUUUAAUAUACUGUGCUAAAUAAUAUGCAAAUUAAUAUAAAAUUAAAUUAUGAGGCGUGACAUUAAAACCUAUUUGACAAAAGUAUGAAGAAUCUAGUUGUACAUUUGUGUUAAAAUGAAGGUCGCUCUGAAAGAUUAAAAUAUAAUUAUACAGCUCACAAAUGAAAGAAGAACAAUAGCACUUUAUUUCCAUAAAGGCCUUCAUUUUAUGGUAAUUGGCUGCACUAAAUAUUUAGUUUGAACAUAGAGGCAUUAAUAUUUUUUUUAUUAAAAAUGGAUGGAUGUGUAAAUCCUCUAAGCAUUCUGUCUUGGUUGUUAGACCUGAAGCAUUUUUCUUCCUUCAAAGUUGCUGUACCUUAAUAACUACCAAACCUCCCCCACACCUUAUUUGGUAUACUGUGAAAUUUAAAGUAACUCCAAAAAUGUAGAGGUGUAAACUCGCUGCUGCACCCAUGUGUUUUUCACUGAUAGGUCAGUAAGGUCCUUUAGAGGAUCAGCUAACCAAACUCUUGAACUGUGGCAGCACUAUGGUCUGCAGCAGACCAGGAGAUACCAGAAGCGAGAGAUGGUAGUUGUAGUGCAGCAAAUAUUUUUUUGUAAAAAUAAUAUUUCAGGGUGCCUUAAAGUUCCCAAAACUUGGGACAAAUUCAUGGUACAGUAAGUACUUAUUAACUUUGAUGGUGUCCCUUUAACGUAAACACCAGCCAGAUAAUUUCCAUGUGUAGAUAGAUUAUUUGAGAAUACCUCAUACAACUUCUCAAUUGAUCUGUAAUGAGCGCUUACUGUCUUUGGAUAGUAUACAUUAAUAGUUUAGUUUUGGAUUUUAGCUGAGAAAAUACAUUUGACCUUAUGGGCCAUUGCUGCAUUAAACUAUAGUAUGUAGAAAAGGAUUAGAAAGCUUCUAUUUCAUAUGCUCUUUAAAAGUGUGCUUCAUUUCUGAUAUAAAUAGUUAAAAACUAUUGAACCAAAUGCAUCACAGUUUGUCAGCAAAAGUACACCUUCUAAGCAAUCCAAACUCUAAUGUAAUACAAAAUACAUUUCCACAGAUUCUGAGACCGCAUCCUUGAAAAUUAAAAGUAUUAAGGCACCAAGCCUGUAAUUGAGUUUUUCAUGUGCGUAAGGUUAAGCAUGUGCCUGAUUGCAGGAUUGGGUCCUAUGUGGACAGUCUGCUGUGCUUAAUUUUAAAUCGGUAAAUGAAUUGGGAACAGCUGGGAAUGUUUGGAAUAAUUUGAAAACUGUUAAAAUUUCAGAAUAUUGUUCUGUAUAUAUUAUGCUGGUGUUCUCUAUCUGUAAGUCAUACAUGAUAGAAAAUAGCAAACUUUUAAAAACAACCACAAAGCUUCAUAAAACCUAGUUUACUAAACUGAAAAUUUCUUCAGUUUUAGAUGCAUGUUUCCUUGUAUAUGGUUUUUAAACUGCCUUUGCUGUCUUAUUUUGAGGUAAUUUAGCACCUAAGUGUCACUUUCUCAAGUUGGGUUAUUUUUACAUGGAGCGUUGGUUCUCUCUUUGGGCAAAUACAAAUGGCUUGUUUAUGUGUAGUGUUGACCACUGUGCUCAUCAUGCGGACCUAAGUGACCUACCUUGGUACAUUUUUAGUAGGCCAAAUGUUUACUGUUUUUCAGACUUGUAUAGGGUUGCCAAGCCUCCAGGUUUGUCCUGGAGUGCCCAGCAUUUAAAGAUUGUCAUGUGAUGAAAUCUGUAGGAAUACGUCCAACCAAAAUUGACAGCCCUAGGUACACAUACAAGGAGUGCUAUUCUGCAGUCCUGGAGUCAAUAGGAGUUUUGCCUGAGAAAGGGCUAGAGAAUCAGGUCCAAAGUAUUGUGGUUGCCUGGAGCACUUAAUACACAUUUAGUUCAACAGUUAAUUCUGGCAACAUGGUUACCUUAGUGAACUAUCUGUUUGUUUACAUUAGUGUGUAACACUUUUUUUUCCCAAGGGGGACUAUGUAAAUUUUGGUGUGUGUUCCUUACUGGCUUAUAUAAUACAUGGAAACCUAUUAGAUUUAAUACAACUUUCUUAUUGCUGUUAAGCGCUGAUACUACAAAGGGAAAGUUACAUCAAGAAAUGCAUAAUAAGAAGGGAGUUUGGGGAAUAUAAAUAGUUUGAAAGUGAAACUCGAAAGUUGGGGGGAAAGGACAAAUAAGGAGGAGCAGAAACACUUGGUGAAAGAGCAGUGCAGGUAAUCCAAAGGACACAAAGACAAAUGGAGGAACCCUGUAGAAGAGUCAUGGAAGAUUUGGAUUGAGGUGGGGGGGGAAGUGAUUUAACCAUGUUAAACCGUGCUUCCAAAAUGUAUAUAAAACAAGGCUACAGUUGUGGCGGGGCUCCAUACCCAUGUUCCCGUCAACUGCAAAACUCCCAUUGAUUUAGGCUUACUAACAACUUCAAAUCAAGCUGAUCUUUAAUGGGAGCUUUUGCUACAUAAGGUGUAUGUGAGAUUAUGUUCUUGGUGAUAUGAGCAAACCAAGGCCCUGAUCCUGCAAAUACUUAUGCACCUGCUUUAACUUCAGUCACAUGAGUAGUCCUGUUUGAAGUCAAUGAGGCUAUUUACAUGAGUAAAAUCAAAUUUGCACUCAGAUGAUGCAGGAUCAGAGACUGAAAUUCUCUAUUGAACAGCAAUUCUGGUGUGUACAUUUGGGGUAUUGGUUGGUAUUUCCUGUGUCUAUAAUGCCUACGUUCAUCGAUAUACUUAUUAUGUUUGACUAAAGUGACUAUUGAAAAUUGGGUCUGUUAGACUAUUAAUGUCAUUCUAUGCCAAAUGAAAUGUGGUGGUGCGAAUACUAGUUUCUGGUGCUAUCUUUAGGAUCUUAUCCUGCAAACAUGCACAUGCAGAAUUUGACCCAUGUGAGUAACCCAUUGACACUCUCUUCCCUCAUGGGAGUGCUCACAUGAGUAAUGUUCCACGCAUGUAUUUGCAGGAUUGGGGCCUUACUUGUUACAAUGUAAUGUAGACUGAGCAUGAUAGUUUGUGUAUUUAAAUUAAAAAUGAAAUAUAGAAAGAAACACGUGUUUCUUAGACACUACUGUGUAUUUUAACUACAUAACAAUUUUUUAAGGACUUGGUAUAAUCAAGGCUGGUGUCACUUUUUUGGGGAAAAGCUACAUCUAAAAACAGAAUAAAUUGAGAUGUGCAUUUGAAUUUUUGGAACUGCAUAUCUAUUUUCCCCAUGUAUUAGAAAUUAUAGUGUUUAAUUGUUAAGUUCGUAACACUUCUUAAAUGAGACCUUAAUUAAAUGACUAAAGCAUUCCUCUUUUGGAUCUUCUUGCAAAGCAAUCGAAACUAAAUGUCUGUUUUGAAAUAGACAUUCAUGGUACAAUUAUUUUUGCUGGUUAAUAAUCAGACCAAAGAUUUAACUAAGUGUUGUUCAGCUGCUAUUGUUUAAGAAAGUGUUUAUAUGCUUAAAACGUUAGCUUGUUCGGAACAAAUGUUCAUAAACUCUUCUUCUAUUUAAUAUCCAAAUACAUGUGCACUUUUAUUGCCUCAGCAAAAAGUUGGAGUUUUUGUUACUCAUUUUUAAUAUUUCACUGUCUAUUAAUAAACAGCUGUUUUGAAACCUC